AUGUGCAUCGUACUAUUCACGACGGCGCAUCCCAAAUACUCACUCAUACUCAUCGACAACCGCGAUGAGUACAUCCUGCGCCCAACGUCCCGGCCCAGCUGGUGGACGCACCCAACCUCGGGCCAGCAGGUGCUCUCCGCGCGAGACCUGCAGCGCGCCGAGAAGGGCACGUGGCUCGGCAUAACGCGCGACGGACUCCUCGCCGUCCUGACAAACUACCGCGAGCUCAACCCGCAAGACGCAGAUCACCCCGUGCACGGCAUCCGCAGCCGCGGCCUGGUCGUCAACUCCUGGCUCGGCGGCCUGGCCGCGGGCAAGGGCGGCAUCAAGGACGGCGUGCACCACCUGGUGGCGAACCGCAAUGUGCAGGGCGUGGGCGGCUUUUCCAUGGUGAGCGCCAAGCUGAGGCGCAAGGGCGGGGGCAUCGCCAUUGUCAGCAACAGGGCGUCGCAUCCGGACGACGUGCCACUCGUUGACCUGAACAGCCACGAGACCUGGGGACUCAGCAACACCGUCUUCGACGACCCGCAAGAAUGGCCCAAGGUCAAGAGCGGCAAGCGCCUGCUGGACGAGGUUGUGUCCAAGGCGGCCAAGACCGAAGCCUCGCAAGAGGAGCUGAUCAAGGGCCUCUUUUCUGUGCUCGACGUCGACACCCUACCAGAGAUGAAGGAGGGCCAGGGCUUCGAGGCAUACGUGAGCCAGCUCAAGCACAGCAUCUUCGUGCCUCCGAUCGGAGACCAGAAGCACCGAGAGGCAAUGCAGAGAGCCAUGGCGAACGGGCGCUCAGACUGGAGUGUUCUCAACGGUGACGCCAAAGCCGUCGAGGAGCUCCUUGCGGAAGAGCGACCGGAUGCCAAGACUCACCCAGAAAUAAUGGCCGCAUUCGAGACGGGCAUGUAUGGGACGCAGCGUCAGACGGUGCUGCUGGUAGACUUGGAAGGGAAUGUGACAUUCACCGAGCGCGCUCUCUGGGACGCAAAUGGUCAUGCGAUCCCGAGAGGGGAGGGCGAUGUUUCCUUCAAGUUUAGAAUCGACGGCUGGGACGAUUAA